AUUUGAAUCUUGGAUUUGAUUUCAAAAUGUUGGAAAUUGUUCACACUUCGCAACGUUGAUAAGAAUUUAAUACCAAAAAGAUUUUUAUUUGAUGCAUUAUAUGAAUUUUUUUGAAAGAUGUCUUUGGACAUAAAUGCAUGUCUUAAAGCAUUCUCAGUCGCGUGUUGCCAAUACCGUAGCCAUCCCAAUGAACAAACGCUCAAAUAUGUUGAACGGCAGAUGGACGUUCUUAUUGGCAUCACAUCAAAUGACAAAUCAUUGAGUGGUUUUACAGCAAGAGAAUUGCUGCCAACAGAAUGUCUUACAUCACUUGUUAGUAUGCUAAGUGAAAUAAAUAACAAACCAAGACUGACGAGCAAGUGCUUGUUGCUCCUGUAUAGCCUAGCUUUCGACAAUGAAACUAGGAUUAUGCUGCGCGACUCUUAUCAUCUCACAUCCACAUUAACAGGACUGCUACUUGAGCACAGUUCUCAUUCAUCAUCAAAUGAAGGCAUUAUAUUCCAGUGUUUACAGUUGUUACAACGUGUUACAUACGAUUGUCGAUAUCCUCUGGCAGUUGCUCAUAUUCAUGAUCUGGUCAAAUUUUUAGUUAAUGAAAUACAAGAUGUUGAAUGUGAACUAACCAUGCCUUCAUUAGGAACAUUAGCCAACCUUUGCCGGAACAAUAUUGCUGUACAAGCCCAAGUAAAAGCUUUGGACAAUAUUAAAUACAUCUACCGUAGCUUGGUGAAAUUUUUGUCACAUCAUAACUUGACAGUGAUUGUGUAUGCUUUAUCGCUUAUAACAAGCCUGGCUUUAAAAGAACAACUUGGCGAGAAGCUGUUCAAUCAUAAGAAUAUCGACCAGACCUUUCAACUGCUCUUCAACAUUCUCAUUAAUGGCGAGGGAAUUUUGGCACGCAAAUACUCUGUGGAUCUGUUUGUUGACUUGUUGCCGACUGAUAAGAUCAAACACUUUCUUUCAAGUUAUGAUCAUCUCGCUUUUUAUCUCAAUCAGUCUUUGGACUUGCUUUCAAGAUGUGAGCCAGAUGAAGCGCAAAAGAUUUUUGAGUUUUUGCUGGCGUUUUGUGGCGUAUCUGAUCUUCGUAGUAUUGUUCAUCGUGUAUUUGAAUCAAGCCAAUCAUCCAAUGAUACCUGUGAGCCAGACGAUGCUUUUGGUUGUGUCUUGAUCUGGGUGAAUGUAGACACUGAACUGCAUCUCGUUUCAAUAAAAGCUUUGGAAUUUUUCAAGGAAAUGUUCGAGGAGGCUAUUGCAAACGGCGAAUCUGAAUAUGUAAUGUCACGUGUUGAGAAUCUGCUACCAAGCUUGAUCAAGAAUCUCGAGGCCCCAACAAACGUUGCUGGUCAUGCAACGGAAAAGAAACUCGAGAAGAUUGUUCACGUGCUUGAUGUUUUAGCAGUGUUAGCCAGAGAAGAAGAAAUAGCGAAGCAUCUUCAUGAGAUCAUUCCGUUUGAUAUAUUGCUGCAUCUAGUGGAACAACAGUAUAGGCUAAAUGAUAUUGCAAUGAAGGAUAGGCUCAGUUUUACGGCAGAUUGGAGUGAGAUCGGGGUUGCGGUGGCUUUGAAAACAUUGGAUCUCAUGAUUAAAAUAAAGCCAAAAGACAAAAAUAUCAGGGAUAACUUGGGGGAACUAAUGCAGGACGAACGUCUUGUGUCAUUUUUGGCGAACACAAUCUCCAAUGGCCAGAAAGAUGACAUUCAAACUGCCCUUCGUGUGCUCCAAGAAUCGUGCAGGAAAACUGAUUUUCAUAUUAAAUGGCUUGGUGAACAGAUCUUUGGAAACAAUCGGAAGAAAGAAGAGGAAUUGAAGUCAUUGCGUAAACAACAAGAUGAUGUCAACCUUUCUCCAUUGUCGGAGUCAACAUUCGAGCCUGGUUCGAGCAUCUUGUCAAAGGAUCCACUGAAAUAUUCGUUAAAACGGCGCGACCGAAAUCAUCCGAAGACGAGUACCUUCGUAAACAGCAUGCUAUAUGAAAGCACUAUUGAAAAUUUAAUCGAUAAAAUGAAGUCGGGAAUGGAGAUAAAAGAUACGAAAGCAUCAGAAAUUAUGGAUGUUUAUGAAGCCAAACUUAAUUCACUUCAGACAAAGGAAAGUCAUUUACAAGAUCUGCUGGAAGCAAAGACGUUGGCUCUUGCCCAGUCUGACCGCAUGAUCUCACAGUAUCGAUGUAGAAGAGCACAGUCAGAGGCGGAGUGCACGAAGCUACGGCAUAUGUUGCAAGAGACAGAAAAACGUUGUGAAGCCCAGGUUGAACAGAUCAACAGGUUUUUGGAAUCGGAAAAAGAAUCCUCGGAACAGAUAAAGAAACUUCAUGAUCACGUUAAGAAUCUUCAAGUGACGGCUGGUGAAUACGAACAACUAAAAAUCGCGUUUGCAGAGCAAACAAACAGAUCGGAGACUUUGAGGGAAACUUUGAAAGCCGCACAAAAGGAACACGAAUCUUUAUCUGAACUCAGUGAAAUGCUCCGACGCCAUAAUGAUAAUCUAAAGAAUCAACAUGACUGUGCAACCCGCCAGUUGCAUCAAUUGGAAGAGGAAAGAAAGAAAAUCAUGCAACAGUUGCAACUGAAAGAUCUGAAAAUCAACGAGUUGUCGGAAACCCUCGAGGCCCAGGCUGAAAAUUUGCAGAACAAGAAAAGUGAUAUUGAGAAGCUGGAAGAAUCAUUCGCAGUUACAAAGUCAGAACUCGCCAAGAAAGAGCAAGCAAGAAAGGAGCUGGCACAUAAGGUUGCCUCUCUGGAAGUGGUAUGUAGCCAGCAUGAAAAGGUGGUGAAGGAGAAAGAACAGCAAUUAAAAGAUCAACAAGGACAUCUUGAUAAAUACGCUCAAAUGUCUGCCAUGAUUCACAGUCUAACGAGUGGUACUGUAUCUAUAGUUAAGAAUGAAGAAAAGGCAGUGACAACUAGUAAGAAAAAAUAACCAACGUAUCCUUGGAAGAUUUAUUAUCUUAAAACAGUAGAAUAAUUUAUACUCUGUAAUAAUACCCUGGUUGAAUCGAAAUGGGCUUAGAUUGACGUUUACGGCAAACGACUAUCUUUUGUGGUUAUUUUUUUCUCCUUCCUACGCAGGGGCGAAAGGUUAAGCACAAUCAUAACAUCCGUUUAUAUAUAUCCUAUAGGUUUUUAUUUUCUUCUGUAUACUGCAAGAUAUUUGCGAACAAGUAUAUCAAUAUGUAAAUAGGAUCCUUGGACCAUGCAAUGAAUAAUCCUGACGCAAAGAUUAUUUUGAAAAUGAAAAGAUAGUUUAUGCUCUAGCAUACAUACACGUAGCAUCAACAACGAUGCAUGAUACAUCGUCAUACUUCUGUCACGAGGAAUGAUAAAAAACGGCCUGUCUGAGGAGUCACCUUAACUAUAGUUCUCUUUCCGUAUUGUGACGUCGCGUAAAUAAAUCUGAUUAUAAAACAGUUUAUGGUUAGGGAUGUUUUUGUUCGCAAAUAUCUCUAGAAAAAAAUUUAAAGAAGGUUCCAUUGUUAGCAAAUUUUGUAAGAGAGCAUUUUUUUAAUUCCACUUUCCAUUCUGUGGUUAACUCAUGCCUCAGCAUUGACGCAAAGCUCAUCAUAUAUAAACUUUUAAAAAAAUGGUGUUGAUCUGAAGUUAGCAGUUUGAGUAAACGUUAAUCUUAACCUGCCCAAUAUCCACACACGCGAACAAUAUUAGUAUUCUUACUCUUUCCAAAUUUUUAGAAUAGCUUUAAUUGAAUGAUUUAGGGAUUUGAGAAACGUCUAGUGUAUAUAAAUUUGACUAUAAUCUUACCUUACCAUUUCGACAUAUGAUUGUCGGCAUCACCAAUGCUAUUAACAGGCGGAUGUGAAGUAUCUUCUAGUGGGAAUAAAAAAAGGU